AUGUCGCACUCGUCGGCUGUGACUACCAUCGACCAGUUUUUGAAGCCCUUGGCUCUGGACAAUGCCGUUGCUUUGAAACUCUCGAGGGAAUUCUAUUCCAACUUCAAACACUUGUGUACCGAAUCCCUGAGUCAGUUCCUGCCAACUCCCAUUUCCAUGUCCAUCUUGAGGCCUGUGGGACGCCAGAACACCGGUCGCUUCCUUGCCAUGGACAUGUACGAUACCCCCACAGUUGGUGGUUCAAACUUGAGAGUGGGCUUCGUGGAACUCCUAUCCGAGGGCCAAGAUCGCCGCCUAAAUCGUCUCCUCGAGCAGUCAUGGCCUAUCCUGGAUCACCUCAAACACGAGAACUCAGAACAUCUCUUUGGAUGGGUUGGAGAGCACAUUGCACAGGUGGUUCGGAAAGGGUGUGAAACUUGGGGGUUAUCUUCGGACGAAGAGCUGCCCAUGGGCGUCACCUUCAGCUUCCCCAUGAAGCAGACCUCGCUUUCCGAAGCUACUUUGAUGGCUAUGGGCAAGGGCUUCGCCAUCACAUCAGAUCUAGACCUGGGUGGUCACCUUGUCAAGGGCUACGAACAGCACAGGACAGCCGGCUUACCUCCUAUAAAAAUCGCCGCCAUCACCAACGAUGCUGUGGCUACAUUGGUAUCCUUUGUAUAUCAAUACCCAGCCGCGCCCAAUCAGAAAGCAGCCAUGGGCCUCAUUGUCGGUACUGGAUGCAACGCUACGAUACCCCUCCAGUUCAGCAAACUGCACAAAAAUAAAUUUCCGGAUCUGAUCAGUGUUCAGCAAGACUAUGACCUGUUGGACGUCGGGAUUGCGGUAAACACAGAAUGGAGCAUCAACGGGUCAGCAUCGCCGCUACGCAUGCUUGGGUUGAUUAGUCGCUGGGACGACGAGCUGGACAAGGCAUGCGAAGCCCCUGGUUUCCAGCCAUUAGAGUACAUGACCGCUGGUCGCUAUCUGGGCGAGUUGGCGAGGCUCAUAUUUGUGGACUUUUUGACCACUGUUCAAGGCGUCCCGCCUGAGGAUCUGCCACAGGGGCUUCACCAGCGCUUUGGUCUCUCCACAACCUUCCUCAGUCAUUUCUACCCGGAUAGCGACAAGGGUGAUAUUCUGGAGCAGUUACAGAAAGAGUUCGAAUUGUCUACGGAUUCGACAUUUACAUGGACAUCCGACCAUGCGGACACCCUGUAUCACAUAGCCAAGGUUAUCCAAACUCGAGCAGCAGGCAUUGUUGCGGCGGCCACUAUCGGACUUUUGCGCUGCGCUGACGAGCUUCCUGACCCAUCAGAACCAGUUCGAGUUGGCGUCGCUAACGGUGACAAUGUUGAAGAGCUUGUAGUGGGAUAUACUGGCGGCUGUAUACAGCACUUCCAGGAUUACUUGAAAGACACGCAAGCCUUUUUGGAUUUUAUCACGCAGGAAGAGUUCGCAGCCCAAGGGAAAAGGAUACGCGUGAAAUUAGAGCCCUGCCAUGAUGGGGGAAUUACAGGGGCGGGGAUCUUGGUGCCUGCUGCUUUGGCAAGCACCCAGGCGUAG